AAUUCUUUGAUGUCUCUGUUCUGUGGAGAAAGAGAGUGAAAUUUUAAGCUUCCUCCAAGGUUUUGAAACCAAGGCAACCACUUUCAAGAGAGAGAGAUGGGAAAACAAAGCACAAAAAGAAGCCAGAGAGUGUUGUUAAUACCAGGUCCAUUCCAAGGGCACAUAACUCCAAUGCUUGAGCUAGGCACCACCCUUCAUUCCAAGGGCUUCUCCAUUACAGUUGCACACACGAUCUUCAACUCUCCCAAUCCUUCUAACCACCCUGAUUUUGUCUUCCUGCCCUUAUCAGACAAUCUAUCUGGCGCUGAUAUUUCCUCUCGAAGUCUGAUAGCUCUCAUGAAAACUAUCAAUACCAACUGCCAAGUGCCACUCCGGGAAAGCUUGGCUCAGAUUAUGGAAAAUCCGGAGCCAUAUGACCAGGUCGUAUGCAUAAUCUAUGAUACUAUCAUGCCCUUUGCAGAAGCUGUGGCUAACCAUCUGCAGCUUCCAAGCAUCAUUCUGCGCACCAAUAGCGUUUCAGCCACGAUAGCUUACGAGUCCCUCCCUCGGCUCCAAGCAGCAGGUUACAUUCCUCUGCAAGACUAUAUGUUGCAGGAUUUAGUGCCUGGCCUUCAACCCCUAAGGUUCAAGGAUCUGCCAAUAUCCAAAUUUGGAACGUUGAAAGAAUCACUAGAGAUGAUUGCAGAUAUAAGCCAUAUAGGAACUUCUUCGGCCAUCAUUUGGAACAGCGUGGACUGCCUUGAACCUUCAGCACUAGCACAGCUAAAGCAACACUCCCAAGUUCCGUUAUUCACAAUAGGCCCUUUGCACAAAAUGGCUCCAGCCUCGUCCACUAGCUUAAUAAGAGAGGACACCAAUUGCACUGCAUGGCUUGACAAGCAAGCUCCGGACUCAGUCAUAUACGUAAGUCUAGGGAGCUUGGCAUUGAUGGAUGAGAAAGAGCUAGCUGAGACAGCUUGGGGACUGGCUAAUAGUGGCCAACCAUUCUUGUGGGUGGUUCGACCUGGCUCAGUCCAUGGCUCAGAAUGGAUUGAAAAUUUGCCAGAAGGUUUUAAAGAAGCAAUUGAACAGAAGGGUCAUAUAGUGAAAUGGGCACCACAAAGGGAGGUGUUGUCACAUGGUGCAGUGGGGGUUUUUUGGAGCCAUUGCGGCUGGAAUUCGACAUUGGAAAGUAUCUGUGAAGGAGUUCCAAUGAUAUGCAAGCCAUACUCUGGAGAUCAAAAAGUGAAUGCAAGGUACCUAACUGAGGUAUGGAAGGUUGGCUUACCCUUGGAGGGUGUUUUGGAGAGAGGUGAAAUUGAGAGAGCCAUAAGAAGACUCCUGGUGGAUAAAGAAGGGGAGGAAAUGAGGCAGAGAGCAACAGAUAUGAGGGAAAAGUUGAAGCUCAGUUUGAAAAGAGAUGGGUCUUCAAACAAUUCAUUGAAUGACCUAACAGAGUUCAUCUUAUCAUUGCAAUUGCCAAAAUGA